ACCUGAUGUCAUAAUGACAGAUGUAAAACCCUAACUUCAUUUCAGAGAUCGGAGAGCCUCCGUCAAUGGCUUUCGUUCAACCUUGCUCCCUCUCCGCUCGUCUCUUUCUUUCUCACCGCUCCUAUAUCUCGUCCAGAAAUCAUGCGGUAUUCCCCCGAACGCCCCUCAAAAUGGUUUGGAACUCCCUUCCUAACCUUGCCUGUUCGGCACCAGAGUCCAUUCCGGUGACCGAGCAGGACGUACUAGAAGCAGUCGCGGAGUCCGACGGCAAGUCGCUUCCCGGGGUAAGGUCCUACGAGAACGAUUUGGCUCGGCUUACGUUGGUUGGAGCCGUCGAUUUCCAGCAGGCGCUAACGGCAGCUGCCGCUGACGGCGGUGAGGCCGCCGCGGAGCAUAUUGCUUCUGGCGUGCCCGCCAUGGUCGUGGAGACCGUGUUUCCUGGCCCUCCCGACGAGCACAGCACCGUCUCAACCCGACUGUUCUUGCCCGCUAGAAAAGUUAAAGAGAAAGCCAAAAGGCUAAAAAAUUCUCUCACAGAGGACAUUCUUUCCAGCACUUCAUCAAGAAAUAUACUUGCUAUGACAUUUAGACAAGUGGUCCUAGAACGGCUUUGGAAUUUUGAACUGGUAUUAUUUAGGCCUGGAACACAAAGAGAUACGGAGGAGCUUCAAAAUCCAAGAGAGCAGGUCACUGCAUCAUUUGCCCUCAGCUCACCAGAUGAACGGGUUAUUUCUCUGCUUGGAGAAGUUGUUUGCCUUAUUGCUCUUGAAAGCACUGAAAGAAAUUUUCUUCAUAACUCACUGGGAAAAACAACCAAUAAUUUUCUGCAUUGGUUUCACAAGCACAAAAGGAUUGCCUCAGCAGAUUCUUCAGUUACUAUAUAUAAGCUAUUUGAAGAUGAAAUAAUUGCAAGUGCCAAAAGCUUGCUUGAAACUUUUCACACAAAAAGGGCCACUUAUAAGCCUUUGAAAACAAACAGGAGGUACUCUUGGUGGACGAUAUCAACAUCCUCUAAAUUGGAAAAGAUUGGUGGUCCUGAUUUUAGUGCAUGGAUAAGUGAGCAUGCACCUGCAUAUCGGCUUGUAAUUGAUGCUGAUAAACUUCAGAAUGUAAAGUUUGAAGGAUGGAUAAAAUCUGCCAAUAAUAGGUGGGAAGUCCUUCUGACCCACUCCCAAAUGGUUGGAUUGGCUAACAUUCUUGAUAUGUAUUAUGAGGAUGUGUACACACUUCCCAGUAAACAACUAUCAGUUAUUGAUAUUGAAAAGUCCACCAGCUUGUCCAAUAGUAAGAGAAUCUUUUCACUGCUGAAAUUUCUCUCCAUCACACUUGCAAGUGGGUUUUUUCUCAUAACCAUCAGCAUAUUUCGUCAAAUUUGUCUGCCUUAUUUGCAUGGUGGAAGGAAUUAUCCUGAAAAAAAUCAGUCACUUCAAUCAUCUGUGGUUAACCAUUUGGAGCAUCAGGCCAUGGAGUCCUCGAAGUUGGAAGCCUUUUGCUUCUCAAUUGUCAAAAAAAUAAAGGAUGCCUAUGGUUGGCCUGGGGAUAUAACGACACAAAAGACUGUUGGUGCCUGGAUUGGGGAACUUCCGGCAUUCUUGAGAAGGCUUGGUGACGGUGAUUCUUCUUAUGGAGAUAUGCUGGCCUGUUCCGAGCCAUUAAAGGAAAAUGCUGAAGAAUUGAAAACUUCCAUGCAGGAUAUUGCUAGUUAUCAGGUGGUUUUAUUGGCCGAUGGAAAGAUUAUUGGGUUUCAACCUACAAGUCGGGUGGCUGUCAAUCACUGGGCAGCUAACCCCUUGGCAAAAGAGCUCUAUGGUGGGAGAAAGCUUUCCCCAGGUGUUAUUGAACCUGGUCUCAAGGCAAGUCGUCGUCCAGGUGAGAUUGCUGUAAUAGAGUUGCUGAUGUCCGUAAAUCCCGAUUCAAGUUUUGCAUUAGCCAGACCGGCUGAAUGAUCCACCACCCAAGAUCGCAAAUUAAAACUAAUCCACGCAGUCAGUCGAAGCUUUAGUUUCCUACAUGACAUGUUACAAGUAGCAGUUGUUGUCUCGUGCUAAAAAUGACAGGCUGCGGAGGAUGAGAGUCAGAGUUUUGUUGAUGUACAUUUCUACUUCAUUUUCUGAUUUUUUUUUUUUUUUUGUGUGCGCGCUCUUGCGCUUUUGUAGUAGUAAAGAUGUCAAUGAUCUUAUAAUUGAAGCCAAUUAUGUCAUUAUACUUUUAUUUAUUUAUUUAAUUCUGAUUUUAGUAGCAUGAUAAAGGUCCAGUAAAAGUUUGAUAACUUGUUGAGUUCCAAUACAUC